AUGCCGCCUCUGCACAGCCGCGCGACGCGGCAGCUUGUGAAGGAGCGCAACAAGAUCGACGGCCCGCGCUCGCUGCACCGCGGCAUCCACUAUCAGGAGAAUGAAGCCCAUGCCUCGUCGUACAUGCAAAAUGCCAAGAAGAAGCGUGCUGAUCACCGCGACUUGCUCGUGCACCAUCAGCGCAUCAACGAGGACCUGCAGGACAUCUACACCCGCACGGCGGCCCUGCACUCCGACAACAUGACGAUGGUGGAGCGCAUUGAGGAGAACUGGAAGAAGUUUGAGCGCAUCGGUGGUAAGCGGCCUACAAACGUGCGCACGCGCGGUCAGGACGCCGUCCUCUGCGCGAACCAAACCGCUGUACCGUACGCGGAGCGACUCGCGCAGGUGUCGCAGCAGAAGGAGGAACUGCGGGAGCGCGGCGCAUGGGAGAGGCUGACGCAUGGGGAAGCUGUGGAUUAUAGUGAAGGCAGUGCGCUGCACGCGGCCAAGGACAAGCGCGUCCAGAUGUUUCAACGUCGCCAGCUCCGUCGCGCGCACCUGCUCCGGCGCGUUGGUGACCCGACGCCGUUGAAGCAGUCCGGUACGUACGACAUGAACAGUGGCACCCUUCAGGUCUUCAACAAGACCAUUCGAAACGUGCAGCGUGAGGUGGCGCAUGACGCCCGCAUCGCAGAGGUCCGGCAGCGCCGCAAGAAUAGUCGUAGCCAGUGGGACGUCAACGAGAGCGGCAACGUGAACCGACCAGACCAAGAGGUACUGCGGUACUCACGGGACUGGGAGCUCGGCCCGCGACGCAAGGGCCGCGGCGGUGGUGGGGGUGGUGGCCGCGGAGGACGGAAGCGCGAACGAGAUGAGCUGUGA